CAGCAUGCCGGUGGAAUCGUGCGGGCGGCGGGCGCGCGGCCUCGCAGACAUCGCGCCGCAGUACGUCGCCAAGAGUGGACUGUGUGCUGCAACAGAGAUGGAAUCUGCACGAGGUGGCAGCAUUCGCAUCCAGCAUUUGACUGGCGCGACUGCAGGUGUGGCCGGGGAGGGCAGGUCCCGCUUUCCCAAACUGGAUGAAUGUGCACACUUCCACUAUGAGGCUGUUGAACUAGGCCCUCUGCAAAUCUGUCUCUAUGAGGAAGAACUAAAACCAUUAUGGAGUGAAGACUCUGAGAAUAAAUGGUGGCAUGUGUCAGUUACAUCGCAGGGAAAGAGCUGGGUAAUACGCCGAUCCUAUGACAACUUCCGUUUGUUGGAUCAGCAACUGCAUCGAUGUAUAUAUGACAGAAAAUUCUCAGGCCUUCCUGAGCUUCCUCCUGAGGACAAUGUUCCUGGCACAAAUCAUGAGGAAAGCACACGCCAGUUGCUGUCUGACUAUCUGCUGCGCUUCUCGCAGUUGGCAACAAGUACAGUCAAUUGUGGGCCAGUGCUCAACUGGCUUGAGCUAGACAAUAGAGGCCAUCGGCUAUUGGUACCUGAUGGGGACAGCUGUCCCAUUAACACACCAGCUGUGGCAGCAGCCUAUGCAAUUCGCCGAUAUCAGGCUCAGGCUGGUGAUGAGAUUUCCUUUGAGAUUGGGGACAUGAUUUCUGUGAUUGACAUGCCACCUCCAGAGGAGUCAGUAUGGUGGAGAGGCAAGCGUGGUUUCCAAGUUGGCUUCUUCCCUAGUGAGUGUGUUGCAGUAAUCGGUGAUAAGGUCCCCCACGGGUUACCUAUUCCACAGCAGCAACAGCUGCAGCAGCAGCCUCCACAACAGCAACAGCAGCAACAAAUAGAGCAGCAGCGACAGCAACCUAGUAAACCUGUAUUGCGGAAGCAUGGAAAGCUCAUUGCCUUCUUUCGCUCUUUUAUUCUGGCACGUCCAUCACGUCGCCGGCUUCGUCAGUCUGGUAUCCUCAAGGAACGAGUAUUUGGCUGUGAUCUUGGAGAACAUCUCCUUAACUCAGGACAUGAUAUUCCUAUGGUCCUGAAAUGUUGUGCAGAAUUUAUAGAAAGUAACGGUAUAGUGGAUGGUAUUUAUAGGCUUUCUGGUGUCACAUCCAACAUACAAAAAUUGAGAAAUGCGUUUGAUGAGGACCGGGUUCCAGCCCUGUAUGAGGAUGAAGCUAUUCUUCAGGACAUACAUUCAGUUGCUUCACUACUUAAAAUGUAUUUCCGUGAACUUCCAAAUCCACUUUGCACUUACCAGUUGUAUCAUACAUUUGUUGGAGCAGUGCAGGCUGGUACUGAUGAAGCAGGCCGUCUGGCACGGAUGAGAGAUGCUGUGCAUAAACUUCCACCUCCUCACUACAGGACACUGCAAUACCUAGUGCGGCACUUGGCACGAGUAGCUUCUAGAGGUCACCUCACAGGCAUGACGCCUCGCAAUGUGGCCAUUGUUUGGGCCCCUAAUCUGCUCCGCUGCAAGGAACUGGAAGUUGGUGGUGUGGCUGCCCUGCAAGGGGUUGGAGUACAGGCAGUUGUCACAGAGUUCCUGGUAUGCUAUGCUGACCUUAUUUUCUGUGAGGGACUACCGGCACAGGUUCCCAUAACCAGACAGCAGUCCGAGGCUCUGGAUGUUCCAGGAAGGCGAAGUCGGCCUAAGAGUCUUGCUAUCUCUACUCCUACAAAAUUACUAUCCUUGGAGGAAGCUCGAUCACGAGCUUUGAUGUCAUCUGGAAAGGGAGAACCAGAGUACAUUGAAGUAGGUGGAGGACCAGCCAGCCUUCCUGCCAAAUACCACACUGUGAUUGAGCUCCCUGGUGGUGGCUCAGCUCGUAAGCGAUCUGGUUCCAAAAGGUCACCUCUUGGAUGGAAAUCCUUUUUCAGUAAAUCAGGCCGCAAGACUGGAAAAGCAACUACGCCAUCUGAUUUAGGUCUCAAUCAGACAACUGCAGUAACGGAAGCAGAUUUGUCAGUGGGAAGGCGACGCUUGCGGCCUGUAAAGAGUGCGGAGUCAUUGGCCAACUCGUCGAGUCGAAAUUCUGCUGCAGUGACAGAUACAGAUCUCCCACUGCAAGCCCCAACGGCAGGAGUACCUGAGGAUCUUGUUAGGGCUGGUGGUCAUAGCCGCUCUGUUUCACACGAUUCAUACUUUGAUCAGUUGGCAGAAACCCCAGCACGUACUCGUGCACAUGCUAGGCCAUCAAGACUAGCAGAAGAGGAGCGAGAGGAACACUUCUCUUCUUCUUUGGACCUGAGUGAAAUUCAGCUGAACUUUGAACUGGAGGAAACGGAAAUGCGCAUCUUCUCAGAGGACGAGACGUUGCUGUCGGUGGGUAGUGGGAGCCUGAUCUCCCAGGGCUCGCCUCGUAUCUGGCCAGGGGCUGCCCUCAGGAGGGGGCAGAGUGCUGCAGGUGAAGCAUCCCCAAAGCGACAGCAGCGACCAGCAGGUCCACCAUCCCCACGUUCGAAGCGCUCUCGUUUAGAGCAGCGACUCGGGUGUUCUCCACACGAUGAGCUGCGUUACAUUGACAGUCAGAGUCCUGAAUCCGUUUCGGCAGUUGGUAUUAAUAGUGGUCUGCAAGUAACAGUGCAUGCUGAGGUGCACCCUCUCAGUUCACCUCCAUCAACACCUGGUUACCGUCCUCUGCUGGACAGUAGUCCUGAGACACCUGAUCCAGACAGGCCACACACCAGCAUGUACCAGGAUAUGUCAAGUGCCAGGUCUAGCAGCACAUAUAGGGACGCUUCAGGCGACGAAAGAUCUCCAACGUAUCAUGAGAUGUCUGAUACAAAGUCAAGUAGUACUCAUCAGGAAGGCUCUUGUGACGAGAGAUCUCCUGGGACCACUUUUGAUGACUUGGCAGGGAGGAGGCUAACGGAAUCCUACUGUAGUACGCAAAGCGAUGCAGAUGUUGGCGUCUAUCAGAAUGUGUCACUUAGUGCCUAUUGUGAAGAAUCUGAAAGUGAAAAAUCUCAGCAUGCAUACAAAAAUGUUAGUAGCACAGCAUCACCCCAUAGGCACAGCAGUGCUGCAAGUGACAGUGAUACCAUUUACCAGGAAGUAUCGAGAGCAAAAUCUUUGUCUUGUGAUGUGCCAAAUAAUGUGUUGAACAGUGCGUGUUACGAUGAUGUGAGUGAGAAAUCUUCUACUUUACAACACAGUAUCACUAGUGAAGAAGGAGUUAAAGAUGCAAACUGGAAUAUGAAUAGUGAAGUGUGUUCUGGGGCUUUCCCAGUUUCAGAAAGCUGCAGUAGUGACAAAGAUGAUAGGUUAUAUGAAAAUAUUCCUCAGUGUGUGAAUCAUAAGUGUGGAAGUGAUAGUAGUUCAACAAAAUCGUGCAGCAGUAGUUUAGCAGAAAAUGAUCACCUACAGGCAAAGACGCCUUCAGUAACAGCUGUCUAUCAAAAUGUGUCCCCAAGUGGCUCACCAUUACAUUCUGCAUUUUCCAAUGUUUAUCAGAACUUACCAAGCAGGACCUCGGAAAAUGUCUACCAGAACGUUAUCCACAACUAUGAACCCGUUCUUCCAGUAAAAGAAGUGCAAAAUCUAAAACCCACAGAUCUCUAUGAAGAUGCCCCAGAAGAACAUGUUUAUGAAGAUGUACGUCCUUUGGUCACAGAUGGUAUUGAUUUGUACCAGCAAGUAAAAACAUUAAGAAGAUCAGUUCAUGAAGUAAAUCAGUUACUUGGGGAAACAACAGUUUCAGAAGCAGAUAGCAGAAUCAGUGAGAGUCCCUCUGACAGUAGCCACCAUGAAACAUUGGACACAAGUUCCAAUUUGGAUCUGGGGUCAGAUAUAGCAGGAAGUACAACACUGUUAGAUACCACAGUCUGUGACAACGAGUUAGAAAAUAAUGGUGAUCUAAAACAUAAAAAAACAGAAAUUGUUAGUACUGAUGAUGUGAAGAAUGCUUUUGUUUCGACAAGAGAUACUCCAUCUAAUGAUGGUUCAAUUUCGGAAUUACUAGAUGAUGAAAGCUGCAAUGUGGUUACAGAAAGUGUUGCAGGUGGUAGAAGUGUUGCAGCCUCUGCUAAUGUGAGAACAGAAGAAAGAUCCCAGAAAUCACCACAGAGUGUACAAGAGGAGUUUGCUUCUGGUGUUACAUCAUAUACUCAAAGUGAUAUUAUUACAGUAGUUACAGAUCCUUAUGUUCCAAGAGGAGCUGUUCAGAAAAGUGAUAACAGACUAUGUGAUAAUAGGAAUGUAGGUUAUGAUAGUGGGAACAAUAUUGUUAGUAGUCCUGGAAUGGCAGAGGAAAGCGUCAAUGAGAGUGAACCGUCAGACGUGACUGGGCCAGAAAAAUACUCUAAUCAUAGUGCUGAAUAUUCAAGGACACUGCAGGCAUCUCCAGCUGACCAUAAUGAAUGUCAAAACCCACCAGAAGUAAUAGAAAGUGCUACAAUUCCUUCAGGUUCAGCAGUGGAUGAUUGCAGUAGUAAUAACAAUAAUUAUGUGGGAAAAAAUAAUGCUGAUAUUUACUUCCGGGAAAAUUUUCUUAGUGGUGAAAGAAACUCACUCUCCAGGCAGAGUAACAAAGAAAACUCAGAAGACAGUGCACCAUCUGCAGAAACCAGCCCUCACAGGAGAAGAAGGAACACAUCUUCUGGAAGUGGUAGCAGGUCAACACCUUUCUUGGAAACAAAUUUGGAUGAUACAGAAGAUUUUGGUGAUUCCUCAGGAAGUAGUCCUAUUCGUGAAACCAGUCCCACUUCCAAAUUACCCCUGGACAACAAUAGGCGUCGAUUUGAAUCUGAGAUUGGACGCGAGAUUUUGCGUGAGAGGCGGAUGAAGCAAGAAUUGGAGGAAAUACGUAGUCAAGCUACAGGAGGACAGGCUCGAUCUCGCCGUCCUGUUCGCUCCCUGCCUGCAAGACCGAGUGACACGUCAGUGCCUUCUCAGCCACUCCCACCCUGCGUGCGGGCAAGAGAGGCUCGCGCUCGCCGCCAGCUUUCUUCAGGUUCCCUUAGUUCGUCAUUAGAUGGGGGAAGAUUCCCAUCUUCGGUUCUUGUGCGUGCAACAACAUCACCUGAUGUUAAUGUGGAUUCCACACUAAGACCAUCUGGCAUGGCAUCUGCAACAUCACAGGCUCCUGCUCAUCCUCUUCCUCUGCCUUUGCCUGAGGAUGAUGAUCCACAAAGGCGAGAACGUAUUGAACGCUACAAGCAAGAGCGACGGACGUUCUUACGUGAAAAAUAUCGCUCGGAAAGCUUUCGUGGGGAGCGUGAUGAGAUGCUGCAGCGGUUGAAGAGACGAGCAGGUCGUACUGCUGGUGGAACACAUGAGCAGCCUCCUGAAGGCAACAGUGAUCAAGCCAGUGUUCUGAGUGCCAGACUACAUGAAUCAUCUGCUGGAGAACCUGAAAGAAGCCCUAAUAUGUCAAGGGAUAGAGAAAUCAGAAGAGUGUCUGAUGAUCAGAAAAGUAGUGAUAGCACAAAAAUAACAGAGAAAGUAUUAACUGAUGUAGCACGUGAAAGGCGGAUAUGCGAAGAAGAUAGUGUUGUGACAAGAACACGUCCAGGAAGAGCUAGAUACACGGACAGAACAGAAGAAGAAUUGCGGACAGGUUCACUACGAAGGUCAUCAGCACCUCAGCAAGGUCCUGGAUGUAUUCGUGAUAUGGCUGCACUAUUUGAGGCUCGAGAUAUGUCUGGCUCAACAUCUACACCACCAUCACAGCCGACCACAGUGGCUGCAAAAACUUAUGUGUCUUCUGUGUAGCACUGUUCAAGUGAGCUAUCGAGGGACCUGAUUGGUGGAGUGAAGUUUCCUCAAACCAGACAGUUUCUGGAACUGUACAUCUGUGAUAUAUUGCAUUUAUAAUGUUUCAAGACAGUUGCAAAACUGGCAACAGAAAAACAAGUAGCUGCAGUUUUAGCUUUUGCUUAUGGAGAGGCAUAAGGAUCAUUAAAGAUCUGCUGUUUAACAGACUGCUUUCUGGACAAUAUUUAUUUAUUUAUAAAUAUAUUUUUACAUUGUUAAUUGUUUUGUAAUGGAUGCUGUGUUGUGUUCUGUGAAACACAGGGUAUUUUUCAUUUGCUGUAACAAUUUUUACUGCAUUUACUGGACCUCACUGAUGUUAUGAAGAGAAAUAAGUUAUAGCAAAAACUCAGAACUGGCUGAGAUUUGAGGAUAUAAUGCUGGACUUAAUAUCCAUAUUGCCAGGAAAUAUUCAUUUCUGUUUAAGACACUGACAUAUGAUUUGUAGUACACUCCUCCUGAAAAAUUAUCUUUGUACAGAUGUUCUCUGUAUGAGCUUUUUACAGAAUUAUGUAGAACUUUUGUUUACCUUUGAUUAGUUAGCUCAACUUCACCCUUUCUUUUAUCAUUUUUAUUUUUUUAAAAUAAUUAUUGAAAUUUGUAUUUGUAUUUCAUAUAUGUCUUGUUACAUUUCAAAUAUAUUUGUUACUGUUUUCUACUUGAUAGUUAACAUAUUAAACACUUUAAUAGUGUUAUAUUCACUCCAGUUGGUAAUUAUCAUUUUUACCAAGCUCAGUAUUAUGUAGAGUGUUUCACUUAGGAGAGAAAGAGAUAAUGUUUCAUAAUGGUGUCAUUCCAGUGGAAUGGAUGAAAUAAAAUUCAUCUAACUAUUGACAAAUGCUGAGUAAAGACAUGCUUUGAACUUUCUUAUCAUCUCUGAAAAAAACUGUUGUACUCCAGUUUGGCUGUUGGGCUAAUGUAUGGACACACAUGGCAACACAUCAAUUAGAGACACAGUGGCAACACUGGGACAGAAUUUUACCAUUAUAAUAUUAUAAUAUUGGGGAUGUUGCUGAUCAUCAGUGUGCCAUCUGCAAAUCACUAUUUUCAAGGCUAUUUUUGUAAUAAUAUUCACAUAAGCAUAUGCAAUUUCUGAAAUAGCUAUCGAUAAAUUUAUGUCUCUUUCAUGGAUGAGAAUACUGUGAAAAAUUCGGUUUUUGUUGAUGAAAUAAAUCUUAACACUUGUUCCUCUACAUCUUCUCAAAACGAAUUUCUGUAAAGAAACUUGUGUUUUCACUGAGCAGUACAUGCUACAAGUAUAUCGUACACUACAAGGCAUUUGUAUUUUUAAGAGGAGUCUGGUAGUAAUAAAGCAACAUGAAAUGAUCAUAGAUAUACUUCAAAGUAUUUACUCAGUACAUUCUUCAUUCAAGAAAUUAUAUGCAAAGGGACCAUAACAUUUGAUUGCCCAAGUAAGUAGUUUUUCCUUAUCAGGAUCUUCCAUAAAAAAUGUGUUUUAUCAGCUGAUUAUUAUUUGUUAACCAUCAUGAGAUUCCACACUGUUAGAUGUAUUGUUGUUGUCAUUAAUGUAUAUUUAUAUCUGUACUUUGUACAAACACGUGCAAUGUAAACAUCUUUUUCGGUAUAUGUAUAUAAUAUAUGAAUGCAAGUUGGUUGCUUAUACAUGUAGAAUGUUAAUGGUAAAAGAUACAUUUUUCCUGUUCCUAAGCAAGAUAAACAUAAUGUCGUAACACUAUGCUACAUGCUACCUGCUUGUGAAAUUUUCAUUGUAAAAGUUUUGAACAGUCUUGUUGCAAUAAGUUAGAAGCUUUAAGAACAUUUAUAUUGUUCUUGGCAUAUCUGCUGUUUGAAACAUAAAAGGCAAACAUGUUAGAUCAGUCUCAACUUUCGAAGUAAUAAACACACACACACACACACACACACACACACACACACACACACACACAAAAUUCACAUGUUACUCCAAUGACAUUCAUCAUGCUAAUGAAAGAUUCAAAACCUCAUACUGCAAAAAUAUAUUUUCAGCAACCGAAUGGUCGGUUUGUUAAUAAUUGCAGUGGGAUAUAAUUAUAGUAAAUUAUUAUUGCAUCAGUAUUUUAUUUCAGGUUGCUGUACAUAAGAUCUGAACAAGAAAAUGUACUGUUCAGCACUGACACUGUGAGGUUCAGAGGACAAUAUUAGCUCAAAAAUGAGAAAUAUGAAGCUGCAUGUAUGAUUUAUAUAAAUGGUGUGCAUGUAACGUCUUCUAAGAUAGGUGAGGUUAUUUUUAUACAUAUUUGACUUGAUUUCUAAUUGAAAAACUGAAGUUGGUUGAUUGAAGCAUUGCUUUGCCAGAGGAGUGAAAAACGCAGAUGAAGGAAUUAUUUAAAAUAUUGAUUGUGAGGGUGUGAGAGUUCCAUAACUGUAUUGAUGUUAAUGAAGCUGUAUUUGGAAUGAACUAUUAUUUUCUGCUUCAUAUUGCGGUGAUGCACCAAAGGAUGGAUUCAGUAUGUAAUAUAACGGAAACCCACACAGCAAGUUCAGUACUAACAGUGGUUUUUACUACGAGACUCUUAUAUUACUGAGUAAAUUGCAUGGGCAUUAUGAGUGUGACAUACUUGAAAUGUUCUUUUGCAACUAGUAAAGCAUUUCAAUAAUUUUCAAAAAACUGA